AUGCCGGUACUACAAGACACUACUGUGGGUGAAGAGCACCGGAUGGAAAACGACCUGCAGAUGUAUGACAUCACGGAUACACGGUUGUCGCGACACAACCAGUACUACUACCUCCCUGUGCCAGGCCUAGCUGAGAAAAGACCAAGCGUACUCGUCGGUGAUAUCAUCCUUGUUCAGCUACAGGGUUCCGAUCAGGGGCGUUGGUUUGAAGGCCACGUUCACGUCGUACGGAGGGACGAAGUCGGUCUCUGCUUCCACAUCUCAUUCAGGCAGCGGAGCACGACGGACCUGUACACCGUGCGCUUCAAGCUGAACAGGAUUCCACUGCGUCGCCAGCACCAAGCACUCGAUGCCGCGUUCCAUCCAGAGCGUUUGCUCUUUCCUACUACUCAGACUUCGAUGCCAGUGACCCGUCCGUCAAGCUCGACUGUUAAGCCGCAUAUAUACAACAAAUUGAUCGUAGGGAACGAGGCGCAGUUACAAGCAGUGGCGUCCAUCGCCAACCAAAAGCCGGGAUCUGCACCGUUCGUUAUCUUCGGACCACCCGGUACAGGCAAGACGAUCACGAUGGUGGAGAGCAUUCGCCAAGUUCUCCGCCUCAACCCGACAGCAUGCGUGCUUGUAUGCGCACCCAGCAACAGUGCCGCAGACCUUGUUAUCUCGCGUCUCUCCAUGCUUGGGAGCACACAGCUCUUCAGAUUCUACGCGCCUUUCCGGAACAAGGACCUCGUUCCGGACUCGAUCCUGCCUUUCACCUACCGUACUGCGACGGGGCACUUCUCCGUUCCUCCCAUGGCGAUCCUGAAGCGGUACAGAGUGAUCGUCUCCACCUGCGUGUCUGCCUCGUUCGCGCACGGGAUCGGUAUGACUCGCGGACACUUCACUCACAUAUUCGUGGACGAGGCUGGGCAGGCGACGGAGCCCGAGGUGAUGAUCGCGCUGAAGACGAUGGCGGACAACGACACGAAUGUAGUGCUUUCUGGCGACCCAAAACAACUCGGGCCCAUCAUUCGCUCCGCGGUCGCGCGAGACCUUGGGUUGGAAAAGAGCUACGUCGAGCGGCUGAUGGCACGUCCGGCAUACGACGAAAAGGCGGGCUAUGGCACAUCGGUUGUGAAGCUCGUGAAGAACUUCCGCUCACACGAAGCUAUCCUCAAGUUCCCGAACGAGCGGUUCUACAGGAGCGAGCUGCAACCCUGCGCCGAGAACAGAGUCACGCACGCCUACAUCGGCUGCCCGAUCCUCGCGAACCGGGACUUCCCUAUCCUCGUUCAUUCUAUCUCGGGCAAGGACGACCGCGAGGCGUCCUCGCCGUCAUUCUUCAACAUCGAUGAGGCUUCCCAGGUCAAGGCCUACGUUCAAGCGCUCAAGGCCGACAGACGGUUCCGUACAAGUGAUUCCGACAUAGGGAUCAUCGCUCCGUAUCACGCGCAGUGCCUCAGGAUCGUAGAUCCUGGACCCAUUGCGGACGAGAUCAAAGUGGGCAGUGUUGAAGAAUUCCAGGGACAGGAACGCAAGGUGAUCAUCAUCUCUACGGUGCGCAGCAGCCGUGAGUUUGUGGAGUACGACUUGAAGCACACCCUCGGCUUCGUUGCGAACCCUCGAAGGUUCAACGUCGCUGUUACUCGCGCUCAAGCACUACUGAUUGUCGUUGGUGACCCUAACGUGCUAUCGUUGGAUCCGUUGUGGCGCUCCUUCCUCAGCUACGCUCAUGGGAGAGGAGGCUGGAAGGGCCCUCCGCCUUCCUGGGAUACAGGUGCGGCAGUCGACAGCACAGGCGGGUACGACCAACGGGUGAGAGGAACCGCGCUGGCCGACAUGAACGAGUUUACCAGACGUAUGGAGUUGAUGACUUUGAACGGUGUUGCGUCCGACGCUGAUGAUGAUGAUAUUGACGCGAAUGUCGAUCGUCCGUGGCGCGAAGUUGAGUAG